AUACUGAUUUAUAACAAUACAAUCACUCGUACAACGUCUGAAACUUGAAUUGCGUCUCUCAAAGUGCUAUAUACAAAUGGGAGAGACCUUUCAUACUGAUUAAUAUCUAAAUUAAAUCAACAAUACAGUAUUAAUAAAUUUUGUGUAUCUAGUAGUGUUUUUUUUUGUGUUUUUUUGUCAUAAUUGUAAUAAUAAGUACAUACGUUUUAAUUCAAGUACUUAUCGCGUUUAGUGCAAAGUUAAUGAGUAUAACCGUCGUCGGUGUGUAUGCAGAGUCCUUAAUUAUAAAAAAAUUGAAAGCCGCGUACCAAAAUUUUGUGCGUUAUUUCUCAUGUACAACAUAAUCGUUAAAAGUGUCGAAUAAAUUUAUUUAAAAAACAUAAAGAGCAGCAUGUUAGUCAGCGUGUGCGUGACGUUGGGCCUUGCGCUGUUGGCCUCCAGGUACCGCGACAACGUGCUUCGGAGCGUCAAGCGCCUGUGCCAGGGCAUCGCCGUUUCGAUGAUUCCUACGCGCGCCAACAACCACCCGGAUACCCCUGCCACGCAACGACAUCAACAGCCGCAGCAAAAGCUCCUACUCGAGCUUAAUAAGGAUGUUAUCCUGGCCGAUUCUCCUGAAUUGUGCGAGUACGCUGUUCAACGCAUUCGUUGCAAUUCAUCGGACAGAGUUUUGGGAUUUGAUUGCGAAUGGGUAAACGAAGGCCCCGUCUCGUUGCUGCAGCUCGCCACUCGCAACGGUGUUUGCGCCCUGUUUCGCCUCAAUAAAAUUGGACACAUUCCCCAAGGACUCAAGGAGUUGCUGGCGAGCCGGGAACUGCUGAAGGUCGGAGUAGGAUCGGGCGAGGACGGCCGUCGGAUAGCCAAGGAUUACAAGUGCCAAGUCCUGGGAAGCGUGGAUCUGCGCAACUUGGCCAAUCGGCUGGGCUUGACGAGUCCGAGGAGUCUGGCUGGGUUCUGUGUCCACUACCUGGGCAUCGAGAUGGACAAGGCCCCCGAAGUGAGGUGCGGCGACUGGAACGCCGAGCGUCUUGCUGACGAACAGAUCGCCUACGCCGCUACCGAUGCCUUGGUCUCCGUUCUCAUUUAUCACGAGAUAUUGAAGAAGGUGAAGCAAAAGCGCACUUUGUGGGAAAGUUGUAAGGCUUUGGUGAAACAGUACCUUUACCGCAUCCACACGAGGAACAUCGAUGCGGACUCAUUUGGUUUACCCCCCGGUGUAAUCGACGCAAGGUACAAAAAUUUAAACGACAGUUCGUUACUUGCAAUAAAUAAAGUUGAUAGUACGGUUGAUAGUAAAAAUGGCCAAUUAAUUAGUAUUAGUAACAAUAAGUUAAAGAGCAACAGUAUACCAGUGAGAAGCAAGCCGCUGUACCAUAAUUGCUAUUUGCAAGCGCCGGACGGUGAAAUAUUGUGUACGUGCGAUAAAAAAAAGGCCGAGUGGUACGUGUUCAAGCAGCUGGGCGAUGUCGUUCAGGAGGAUCCGUUCACCAUAAGGCUGAAGUUCGAGCCGUCCGGACGGGCUCUGGGCGAAGUCGGCCGAUAUUAUACGCAAGUGAAAAAAAAUCAGUGCGUGGUGUGCGGAACCUCGGACAAAUUUGUCAGGAAGAACGUUGUCCCGAGGGAAUACCGCAAGUACUUCCCAAUUGUGAUGAAAUCGCAUCAAUCGCACGAUAUAUUGCUGUUGUGUCCGACCUGUCAUCAAAACAGCAACUUUUACGACUUGCAGCUCAGGCGGGAGCUCGCGGAAAAGUGCGACGCACCGUUGCUUGCAGAGACAAUGGCAUCGUCCCGCAACGAAAUUCCGCCGAAAUUGAAGCUGCUCAAAACAGCGGUAAAAGUGUUGAGAGAUUCUAAAACCACGAUACCUUUGGCGAGGAGGCAAGAGUUGGAGGCGCUGGUUUUAGCAUGGACUGGUUAUCCGGUAGUCACUCCCGAAAUGCUCCAUUGCUUGCACGAACAAUUAAUGAAGGAACCACUUUACAGAGCUAAUCAUACGGAUCCUACGAAAAGAACUCUGCUACAUGGUCCCAAGGUGGUCGAGUAUUUUAAAAAUAGAGGGGGUGGCCUCAUGGAACUGGAAAAAUUAUGGAGAGAACACUUCCUAAAGACCAUGAAACCUAAGUACUUGCCAGAAUUGUGGUCCGUUAGUCACAAUCAGGAGCGCUUGAAUAUUCGUUACGACGAAAGUAGAAUAGAACCCAAAGAUGCGAUUUUAGCUGGCAUCAAAUAAUAAUGGUGGCCAAGACCGUUACUGUGAUUAAAUUAAUUUUUCAACUUAAAUAAGUACACGUAUAAGAGCGUGUACUCAUUUUUUUUUUGCAAGAUUGUGUAAUGUACAUAUUUGUAUAGAAUUUAUA